UUCAAUCAUUACGAUUCAAAAAAAUCAAUAUGUAAAACUCAAGAAAGAAUGGAAUUGUAUUUAUAAAACGAGUAGUAUCAAACAAUAUUCCCAUAUAUAUAUAUAACUAUGUAUUUUUCCAUGGAACUUUAUGAAUAAGAUUUUAAAAUAUAUAAUAUAUAAUUCAAACUUCAUAUAUAAUUACCGAAUGAAAUCUAUACUUUUGACAUUUACUUUAUUAAAUAUUAUUAUACUGUUUCAAUUCUAUGUGUAAACAUAGAAUUCCGUGUCUACAUUGUAACGUUUUAUUUCUAUUUGACCAAAUGGUUACUUAAAUUUAGAAUAUUAUAUGACUAACCAAUGAAAUUUGAACCAUUUUAAAAUCUCUAAGUGCAUCAUCAUAAUACUCAAACCCAUUAUAGGAUAGAGUUUCUUAUUCGUAGAUAUUCAGAGUGUGAACUGAGCACAUGUCAUAAAUUAGUGACAUUUGCUAUAAGCUAAUAUUUAGUUUAGACUUAAAGAGUAGUUGACAAAAAUUACAAGUUUGUUUUUAAGUUUUUUUUUAACUAGUGGACCUUUAAUCUAGUGGACCCUAAAAGUGGAAGAAGUAAUUAAAUUUCUACAUGUAUAUAUUUUAAAAAAAAACUGAAAUGAAAAAUUUAUGCAAGGAUGUCACGUAUAAACCGAACAAUGGUCAAAAUUUUCAUUCAAUAUAUAAAUUAUUAAAAAAAUUACGAAAAGAGUAUGGCUGACUUUAGAGAGCAGUAUAUAAGGGUAAGAGUAUGCAUCUAAUUAACUUAAAACAACAAAGACAAUUGGUCUACUUCUCAAAUUGAUCCAAAGACCAAAGAUUCCUAAAGCUGCUUGAAACUAAAAAUGGCUCCACAAAAAUUCAUCAGAAAUGGCAUGACAAGUUUACCUCGGCUCGUAGAAGAGUAUCUCUCUAUGUUGAAGGAAACAUACGAAGGAACGGGAUUGCACCUAGCCACGCAACAAGGGGACGAGGUAUAUGCAAAGAAAAUAAUCGAGCUCUGCCCUUCCUUAGUCAGUUCCACCAAUUCCAAAGGGGACACUUCUCUUCAUGUUGCUGCUCGUUUGGGAUGCACAAGCAUCUUAAUUUGGAUGUUAGAGUCCAUAAAAUUGCAUAACGCAUGCGAGGAAAAAAACCUAGAUGCAGAAAUGAUGAAUAAUGAUGGCUUAACACCUCUGCAUUGUGCUGCAAUGAAGGGUUCUAUUGAAAUCCUUAAGGAAUUUCUCAAUAGGGCUCCCUCUUCUUUCUACUCAGUCACGUUAGAAAAGAGAGAAACUGUGUUUCAUAUAGCUGCGAGACACAAGCAAAACGAAGCCUUCAUCUCAAUGGCAAAGAGUGACAACUUAGGCCAACUUCUCUACCAGCUUGACAUAGACGGCAACACGGUGCUUCACGUUGCCGCCUCCGUAGGCUCUAUUGCGCUGGUAAACUAUAUAAUGGAGGAGACAAACGUAAAAGUCACCACGAAGAACAAGAACGGUUUUGUAGCGGUUGACCUUCUCAACGAAGAGGAUAAAGAUUUCCUUAAGCUAUCUAACGCUCUGAUGUGCGGUCAACGCUCUUCAAGUCCUAGAGAGAUUGGAAACCAAACAAAAGCAGUGAUUCUUCAUCGUGCAGACGAUGACACGAUAAAGAAGCGCCAGAAGGAGAUUCUAAGAUUUCAAAGUAGUGAUACUCCAAACAAAAAAUUUGAGAUGCAAUUGGAGGCUUUGCAAAGCGCUAGGAAUACUCUCGCCAUUGUCGCGGUCUUGAUUGCAUCUGUUACUUUCACAUGCGGUUUAAACCCACCUGGUGGGGUCUAUCAAGAAGGAUUCUCCAUUGGGAAAUCAACCGCGGGGAAAACCAUAGCUUUCAUGAUCUUCUGGAUAAGCAAUAGCAUUGCGUUGUUUACAUCAGUGAGUAUGGUCAUUCUUCUCCUCAGCAUUAUACCUUACAGGGAGGACUCGCUUUUAAAGUUCUUGGUUAUAGCUCACUGGAUGAUGUGGGUGGCUGUAGCAGCCAUGGCAAGUGCUUAUGUCUCCGCGGCAUUGGUAACUUUACCUCAUUUUGGAGAAACCAAUUGGUUAAUCUAUGCCACUGUUGCUAUUGCUAGCUUGACGCUAGGCGGUAUGUUUGUUUAUCUACAGUUUAAUCUGGCUAAAUGCAUGUUAAGGAAGGUUAGGCUUCUUAAAUGCUUGUCUACUCCGCCAGUACGCAAGAAUGGAUACGUAGACAUGGCGGCCAAUAUCGAGAAAGGCUACUACUCUUAUUGCUGAAUUUAUGUUUUUAAUAUAUAGGAAUCCAAGUUAUAUGCAUGUUUUUAUAAGUGGUUGACGUUUUUUUUUUGUAAAUAGGUGUUUGACGUUUAUAAUUUCCAAUUGUUUAGAUUCGAUGACA